CGGUGGUUCCGCAGUGGACAUCAAAACCUGUCAAGACUUUCAGUCAUACUUUCUUGUGUGGAUACUUUCUUCGGAAACUUGAUCUAGCCAUCAUGAAAUUCCUCCUCUGCGUAGCCGCUUUCUCACUUCUUGUUGCCGCAGCUGUCGCUGGUAGCCAUGGAAUUUCCAUUGGUGUUCCUCUUCCUUUCAUCAAAAUCAGAUUCGUUGAUAUAGCCAAUCUGUUUGGACACCAUGGAGAACAUCAUGGAGGUCAUGGUGGUUAUGGAGGACAUGGUGGUUACGGAGGACAUGGUGGUUUUGGAGGACAUGGUGGAUUCGGCAUCCAAAUCCCACAUAUAGGCCAUGGUGGUCAUGGUGGAUAUUAAAUUUCACUUUUAUUAUUAAAGAAUCUUCAUCUACAUUUCUGAAGUGAAUCAAAACUGAAUACAUUGGAAGAGUCAAAACAACUACAAAUUUCAACUUUGUAUAUAAUAGUCAUCCUCACAUCGACUUCAACAAUGUAUAUAAACACUCUCUUCCACUUUUCUUUUUUUAUUCUAUGUCAGCUAAUGUCUUAAACAUCGGCCCUUUUAUAUCGUUCAUUUCAAACCCAACUAUUACUUUGUGUAUAGAAUUCAUUCCUUUGUUCAUUCAGUAUUAAAUGCUACCUUGUAUAUAGGAGCCAUUCCUUAGUACAGUUCAAAUUCAAAUACAGUUCAUUGUACGGGUCACAUCCCUUUGUACAACGCAAACCCAAAUAUAAAUAAAAUUCUAUACACUUAUGUUUCA